UAUGGAUUUUCAAUCUACAUAAAAAUCCAUAAGCCAUAUUCCAUGGCAUAACAAACACAGCAGCGUGCGUGAUUGUACCACUGUUGAUUACCUGCAACUCAAAAGAAUAGGAUAUACAUUUUAACAGACAGAUCUUGCCGUUAUAGACAUGGACAACGAUCAUACGGAUUACUGUCGACGAAGCAAUAAUUCAAGGAAUUUCGAAGACUGUGGAAUGCAAGAAAAUUUGGAUUCUCAAGUGGUACUGCAAAAUCAAGAAGAGCGAGGUUUUGAUGAAAUCUUGAUAGAUGCGGUUAAAAGCUAUCCGCAUCUGUACGAUACAAGCUGCAAAGACUACCGCGAUGCCAUUAAAAAAGAGAACUCCUGGGUGGAGAUAGCCGGAGUUUUGAAUGCGACUCCUCAAAUUUGCUCCACUCGUUGGACUCGAUUAAGGGAAUCUUACUCGAAAGAAAAAAAAAAAAAAAAUACUGAGAAUAAGAGCGGAAGUGGAGCGGCUCAACGGCGAGGAUUCGUACACUUCGAAGCCAUGCGAUUUAUAGAUAAAUUCGUAAAAACUCGAUCAUCGGUCAGCAAUGUCAAGAUGACACAACCAUUCAGUUCAACUCAUCAGCAAAGCGAGAGUCGAAAUCAGGCAAUCUCAAAAUGGGUGCAGCAGCAAGGCGAUUUCACUUCGGAAAUCCACAGCAGUUCAUCGCAACAAGAUAUCAUCAAUGUAUCGGAAUCAACAAAUCGACCGACUCCAUGCACGACACCCGAAGUGAUGAAUUUUGAGGAAGCGUCAUCAUCAUCGUCUUUUUCAACAGAUUUCACUGUAAACGAGUUUGAAAAUCGAUCAGCGUCCACGUCGAAUGAAUCAUCAUAUCAGUCUCCACUAGCGUCACCCACAAUACAUGAAACUCCCAACACUUUCAAGAAACCACCAUCAUAUACGAAGGGCAGAUUUAAUCCAUAUAUAACGAUAAAAAAAGACUUUAAAAAAAAAGAAGCAGAGAAUGAUGGAUUUGAAGCAUCUUUCAUUAAUUUUAAUAAGGUAGUUACAGCGCAUUUGGUAAAUAAGAAAAAACCUGAACAAACAUGUAACGAUCACGACCAUUCUUUCGGCAAUUUAAUUGUGACAGAAUUGAAUAGAAUGAAGGAGGAUGAAAAAAUCAAUAAAAAACGAGAAAUCCUGAAAAUUUUAUGGCAGAAUAGUAGCCCCAAAAAAGAUUAGAUAGUUUUUCUCCAAUAUAUUUUUUUGCUAUGGAGAAAGAACUUUUGGAUGAGUUUGUCUACAAAGUGGUCAGGUGGAAUUAAACGUUGUUUAAUUGGCUGUGUGAGUGACUAUUAGAUUAUAAAAACAUUAAAAACUGAAAAUUAUCAUGUCUAGUCAAAGGCAUUAUCAUGUUAAGUCAUAUCAUAUAAAUAUAAUAUUUUUCUUCAUUAAUUCAUUAUCAUAUAAAGGCGAGACCUGUUGAAAAUUUCUCAUUACGAUAAUUUCUACAUAUGUAUAAGAGAUUCUAUUCUUAAUUUUAUAUUUUUAUUCAAGUCAGUUAACCACCAAAC